UGGAGGGGAACAGCCAGUGCCAGGCUAACAUGCUGCCGGACGCCUACGGGUGUGCUGUGGCGAACAGGUUCGGGAAUCUUCUGGAUGAUGACACGGAUCCUUUCGACUUGAUCAGCGAAGUGGAAUCAGAAAAGACGAAGAAGAAAAAGAAGAAGAAGGAAGAGGAGGAGAAGAAAGCAAAGCAGAAAAAACCUGGUCAGAAGGAGUCCCAAAGGGACCGACGCCUCCCUAUGGCGCUGGAUGUUCAAGAGCCGGUUCCAGUCCGUAGGCAGCUGCCACGUCCUGCACCUGUGACUGAGAGUGGGGAGGGCAGAGAAGAAGCCCAGAAGAAAGCUGCUGCUGGGCAGCGUAGGGCCAACCAAGAGGAACCCCCACAGGAGUUUUCAGUUUCUAGGCCUUCCUAUAAUUCAGACUUUGAUCUCAGAGGCAAAGGGGGGAUCAAAGGUAGGAGAGCAGGAAGAGCUGGAGGAAAUGCAAGGAACCCGGACUACUUUAUUCUGAGGGGCAAGAGGGAAUACGAUCGGCACAAUGGAACAGGUAUACCUCCUGACGAUAAGAGAGGAGGAAGAGGAGCUUGGAACUGGGGCUCUGUUGAAGAAGCUGCAAGUGAAUUCAUGGAUGUGACAUCUCCAAUCAAAUCUGAGGAGUCCCAGAUAUCUGUGGAGGAAGACAGUCCGAAUCAAGCAACGGAGGAGGAGGGAGAGAUGUUAGUCCAGGUUGCUAUGGAGAUGACCCUGGAUGAAUGGAAGGCCAUGCAGGAGAUGAGUCGUCCCAAAGCAGAAUUUAAUAUCCGCAAAGCAGAAGGCAAGAUUCCCUCCAAAGCCAAGGUCAUCCAUGAGUCAAAGCAUGUGGAGACCAUCAAGGCAAAUAUGGAAGAUGAAGGAAACUUCCUUCGCAGGUCUGUGAAUGAUAUCACCUCCCUCUUGGAUAUCAAUUUCGGGAGCCUCGGACGUCCCACUCGUGGGGGCCGAGGAAGAGGAGCACGAGGUGGUCCUAGCAGGCGCCCAGAGAGUGUCAAACCAAUAUUGGAGAGGGAGGAGGAUGAUCUGGCCCCUAACCCAGAUGACCCAGAAGACUUCCCAGCAUUAUCAGCAGGGAGAUAACUGAGGAAAACCUUAUCUCCUGAUGUGACACAUUUAUUGUGUUUUUGUUUUUGAGGUUUUGGGUUCAGUUGCACUGAAUACACUGUUCAAUAAAUAAUUAUUUUGCAAGGUUAA